AUGCAGAUUAAUACCAGAAACGAGGGCUUUCUCCCUAUCCUUCCCAAUCCUGCGACGCACAUUCGGCUGCUUAUCGUCUUCGCUUGUGGUCAGGCAGACGUCUCUGAUAUUCAAAUCUCACUCAUCUCUGUUCCGUUCCUUGAUGCACCAGCCUAUCAUGCGGUUUCGUAUACAUGGGGCGAUUCCGGGUCCGAAGAAGAUAUCACAAUAUGCAACAGCGAUAACGGGGAUUCGAAGGACAGAAGCAAUGACCGUCGACAGAUGACGGUCCGCAAGAAUUGUGCAAAUGUGCUGCGACAAUUAGCUCAUUUUAAGACGGCAAACUACUACUGGGUGGACGCAAUUUGUAUCGACCAAAUUAAUGAUACCGAGAAGAGUCAUCAAGUCGCAAUGAUGGGGGAGAUUUUCAGUCGUGCGGACUGCGUCCUAUCUUGUGUUGGC